UACCGGUUCCACCGAAGCACAGUCUUCGGAGUUCAUCUCAAACGACAGGAUGCGUAAAGUGAUCUUCUGUGUGCUUUUGUUGGCCGUCGUGAACUGUUUUGCCCAGCAGGUGAAGUGCACUUUAAAUUCGAAGUAUUUCAUUCCAAACUUCACGGCAAACUGGUACAAAGCCUACGAGUAUUGUAACCACUUGGGGAUGCGGCUUGCCAUUGUGGACAACGCCGUUGAUCAAUCGAAACUGGCACAGAUGAUCACGUCAACGGAUAAGUUCAGCAAUGUUACCACCGAGAUGUGGAUCGGGGCAAGUGAUUUGGCGCAGGAAUCGUACUUUCAUUGGCACUCUACCGGUUCUCGGGUGCAGUUUACGAACUGGAAGACUGGUCAGCCCGAUAACGCCAAAAACGUUGAACAUUGUGUGGAAAUUAGGUUCAUUCCGGGACACAACUGGAAUUGGCACUGGAACGAUCGGGAGUGCUCGGCAAUGAGAUAUUUUGUAUGUGAGAAUUCAGAAAUUGGGAAGGAGAUUGUGUUGUUCUAAAUUAGGGCGCGAAUAGGAGAGGUAUGAGCAUUCUAUUAUUCAUUAAAUGACUUCCAAAUUUAUUUUAUAAAUUAUCAAAAUCACGUUCAUCUUUUUUUUAGAAAGUUAAUAUUGGGUGUAAUUCAAUGUGUAGGAAAAUCUAGUUUGAUACUUUAGGAAUUUUAACGUCUACUGCUAAGAAGUUAAUUUAUUUAUUUUUAGAUUUAUUGACGAGAUUUUUGUUAAACUCUAAGAAAAUAAAAAUAUACUAAA